CGCUCCCGUGAGGGCUGGAAACUGUGCGCUGGGAAGCUGAGCUCAGCAUGGCACUGGCUGUAACCCAGGCGGCUCUGGAGUGUCUAUUUCCCACGCCUCGGUGCCUGCAAACGAACCGCGUGCUGCAAGGAUCUUUGCACUCAGGAGUCCUUUUCCUGGGCGGCAGCAUUUCUUUUGCAAGCAAAGUGACUCCCGCGUGUCAGCUCUUGCGGGCUCAACCUCCCCGCCCCCAGCUCAGCAUGCUUGGCCAUUUCAGAGGAAGCAGUAAGAGCCGGAGGAAGCCGCAGCUGUUGUGUGUUGCCGCACGGGCUCGUUUCGCUGCUGGACUGUAGCAUGGCUGCUCGCAUCAAAUGAAGCCGGAGAGCUGCGAGCCUGGAGCUGGGGUCAUGCUCUCCCCUUUCUAGCACCCUACCUGCACCGCUGGCCUGGACGCUUCUCCUUGCACGUGGGUCAUGUUUUCCAAGGCGUUCAGGGUGAAAUCCAACACGGCCAUCAAAGGCUCCGAUCGGAGGAAACUGCGGGCUGAUGUGACAACAGCUUUUCCCACCCUCAGCAGCGAACAACUGUCAGAACUUGUUCCAAACAAAGAGGAACUCAAUAUCAUCAAACUGUAUGCUCACAAAGGAGAUGCGGUCACGGUAUAUGCCAACAACAGGAACCCAAUCCUUUUUGAAUUGGAGAAAACGCUAUAUCCAACAGUUUAUACCCUGUGGUCCUAUCCAGAUCUUCUUCCAGCAUUCUCAACAUGGCCCCCUGUGCUACAGAAACUAGCUGGAGGAGCAGAUCUAAUGCUGCCAGGAGUUAUGGUGUCAUCUCGUGGUCUUCCUCAGGUACAGCAGGGCACACUCUGUGCCAUUACCCUGGUGGGAAACAGGGCCCCAGUAGCAGUAGGAGUCGCUACCAUGUCCACUGGAGAGAUGCUGGCUGCUGGAAUGAAAGGGAAGGGUUUCGCCAUACUGCAUGUUUACACGGACCAUCUAUGGGGACUUGGAGACAAGUUGAAUCCACCCACAAUAGCGCCACUGGGAGCAGAACCUGCAGAGCUGGAAAGCACCGAUGAAGAUGAUGAAGAGGAGGGGGGACGGGAGCCCAUGAGUGAUCUUGCCAUUGCCCCAUCGCUACAAAUGGACCUUGGCAGUUUGAGCUUGCAGGAGGGCAACAGUUGUACAAGGCUGACUGAGGAGGAGGAGGAACCUGGUGAGCCUGGUGCUGAAGAAAUGGCUGAAGAUAUCACAGAGGUUCAGCUGGAAACAGAAGAUGGCAGAACUCCACAAGAGCGAAUGGACGAGUUACUGCAUCAAUGUUUUUUUCAUGCUUUAAAAUGUAAAGUGAAGAAGUCAGAGCUGCCGCUACUCACCAGCACCUUCUUGCGCAACCAUAUGUUCGCAUGCUGCCCAGAAGGACAACAAUUGGACAUAAAGAAAUCAAGUUACAAGAAGCUCUCCAAGUUCCUGCAGCACAUGCAGCAGCAGAAGAUUGUACAAGUGAAGGAGCUGAACAAAGGGGUGGAGAGUAUUGUGGAUAUAAACUGGAAACACUCCGACAUCAAGUCGUUUGUUGUCCCUGAAGCCUUGUCUGAAGUGUCCUCUGCCCCCGAGAACAAAUACGGAGAUGGAGAGCAACUGUACCAUGCUCCUGAAAUCAUACCACUCUACGGUGUCUCAAGCAAAAUGGCUCCACUUUUCCAGGAGUCUGGACAUAAGAAAGGCAGCAUCCUCUCCAGCAGCGAUGUGAGAAAUAUCAUCAUCAGCUAUGUGAAGACUAACGAGUUGGUUGAUGAAGCAAACAAGAACUUUGUCAAGAUAAAUCCAAUUUUGUGUGACUGCCUGUUGGAUAAAUCGGAGCAAGACGAGAUCUUGAAGCUCAAAUGGGAUGAUCUCCUGAGCAGGUGUCUGGAAAAACUGCAGCCUCACCACCAGAUGACAUUUUUUGGACGUGAACCCGUUGUGAAGAAAGGAAACCUCGAUCCCAUUGACAUAACCAUCGCGCAGAGAUCGUCAAAUAAAAAGGUGACCAUAAUUAAGAAUCUCGAACUGUAUGGCCUAGACCCGCAAUUAGUUGCCAACACUCUCCAGCAAAGAGUACAGGCCAGCGCCUCUAUUAACACGCUACCUGGGGCAAAGGACAGAGUUCAGGUCCAGAUCCAAGGCAACCAAAUCAACCAUCUUGCCAAGUUGCUGCUUGGUGAGUUUGAGUGGACAUGGACUGUAUCAGUUACAAGUGGGUGUCCUUCAACACAGAGAACCCAGGAGCAGCCAUGUGGAGACGUGUGUCACCAGGAGCCAUGGCAGGGUUAGACACCCCUCCUGUGAAUAUCUGCAAAAGGCUAAGCUGCUUCUCAGACGGAAGGAAGGUGGUGAGAAAUGACAUUCUUUUUAACGUCUCCCAGCUCCAAGCGUAGCAAGGUGGGAGUCAGACAGGGAGUCUAGUGGCCUCUUGCCUACGUGCAGAAGGAAGACAAGAGGAGGAUGCCGAGGCUCUGUAGGCGGUUGGGUGAUGGUGCAGCGAUGGAAGGUGAGCAGGUGACAGGAGGCUGAGCAGCUGCUGCUCCAGUUGCAAAGGGGUCAGCCCCAUGUUCUCUCCUCCACUAUCUCUUACUUGUAAAAAGAGGAGGAAACCUGUCCAGUAUUGGUCCCUGAGUUGGAAACUGGCCAUGUACACAACAACCGCAUUGAGCAGCAAGGAACACUUGCUCUCACUCCGAGACCAACUAGCCAAGCAAUCCUAGUUUCACUUUCAUUUCAUUGGGGGGUGGAGGGGGAGAGAGAGGAACAAAUUCCCUAGGAAGAACAUUAGCUAAAGUCUCAGUAAAAACCUACUGCCCAGACUACUUAGGACAUGGAGCCUUCUUGGCACCUGACUUUCUACAUUUCAGUAGAUAGCUUAAAAUUGUGCAACAAAUGUGUUUGGCAUCAACUACAGCUGCAGUGUGCACAGGAGGGGGUGCAACAAGCCUGUUGCUUUAUCUGCUGCUUCCCCUGGGGCCACCUGACCUAUGAAACGACAGGACGACACAACACAACCACCACACGCAAGGCAGCCGCAGAACCUUCAGACAAAGCCAAGGGGUAAACAGUUGGGCGGAUGAUGAAAGCAAUGUUGUUCCAUCCUGUUCCCCACAGUCACCCGGUAAGUAUUCCUACUGACUUAACAUUCAGCAGUUACCAUGAAGUUUCGCUGCUUGACGGAUCCAAUGUGACAACGGCAAGCAAAGCAGCAUCUCUAUUUGGUUUGUCGAAGGCCUGCAGACUUAAAUGGAGACUUCCCAUUCUUUACCGACUGGCUGUACUCCAGUGAUAAAAAUUUCAUAAGGAAAAGAAAUGCAAC